GUCAUGAUAGGCUACGUACGGUAUGGCAGGUUAGGGAUGUCUGUGCUGGACUUACAGUGUACCUAGUACCUAAGAAAGUACCUACCUACUUCGCUGCAUUACCUAGUAUUGUAGCUACCUAGGUAGGUACUUACCUAGGUACGAUGGCGGUAGGUAACAUUUCCCUGCAAAAAUAAUCCAGUAGUGCAGAUCGAUAGAUCCGAUAAGCAUCCGAUAGUCCAGCUUCACCGCGAGUAGUAAAUUGUAAGCGGGUGCUAAUUCUUACUCAUUACCUCGCUGUACUCUCCGAGUACGAUCCGCCAAACUGGACAACCCUCUAUUAUGAUGAAACGGACAUGACGAAACCCCACGAAGUUACGAACUAGACGAGCCUUGCUGUCUCACGGCCAUGAAGAGCCUGACUAGAAUCGCGGCAACGACAACCGUACCAUGCCCAUUCCCUUAACAUGUCGAAUCUGCGCCGCGCGACUCGCACGAUCGUCAUUCAGAUUGCUUGAGUCCAACGUUAGCUCGUUGCACACUAAAGUAAUACCAGUGCAGCGACCAUCCCAUGCUUUGACUGUGGGCAGUCGAAGUGACCGAAGUUGGAAACCUGAGUUAUCAGAGCCUCAAGGCUCGAAUGAAACCUAUAAGGGGGCUAGCGAGGAUGAUUCUGCUCCCUCCGUCAGCUCCCCAACUUUAUCACGGAGACGAGAUAACGAGCUAGUUGAGAGCGCCGCCUACUGGAACGGUGAAAUCAACAAAUUUGUACCAAGGCGGGCACCAGCCGCGCAACAGCUAGCUAGCCUACCAGUAGCUGGUAAUGCGCGCGAGCUCAAGGUCCGGAUCCUAAGCGCAAAGGGCGAGUACCUCUUUUGCCAUAAAGAUCUCAUUGCAUUGUAUAAUCUAUCACAUCAAGAAGCACGCCAUGCGGUGGGCCAGUUGGAACGAUUGCUAUGGGGUAACCUGGGUCUCCAGAGCGCAGCGCAACGACUGGAUCAGUAUCUUGCUUGGAAGCAAGACUUCGCUACCAUCCUAAGUGCGCUCGAGAAUACCAACAGUAACUCUCAAGUAGAGGCAGUGUCUCGUACCGGUGAAUCGGCAGCGGUGAUGACCGCGUGGCGAAGACUGGAAGGAGAUAGACGAGAGCGGCACUGGCCACAAAUCGUUCUUGCUGUGGCGCAUUCGGAUCCAUACCUAUUAUCGACCCUCGUCGAAUCCACCUUCGAUCCCUCCUGGUGUCCUAGCUAUAUUGUAGAGGAUGUGCUUUACCUUCUUGAGCGCCAGCGAAAACUUACUCCCCCAAAGAGCAGAGAUUAUAGUGUGGUACAGCAAGAGAUUAAGGCGGUAGCAACUUAUGUGCUCAACAAAUGCCCACCAAGAUAUCUAGCCCUGGAACAGACUGUGUUACAUUCGGUCCUUUCGACUAUGUCGACAUCCGAACUCAUCCCGUUUUUUGAAUUGCUUAAGAAUAUCGAGCACCCAUUACACGCAAAUACCUUGCUGCACCUAGCAAGCCGCUUUGCCAAAAGUUUUGAUACAAAGUUGGAUUCUUUAGAUAUUCUCGCUGUGUUAACAGAAAUCCCGGAGUUUGAUCUCAACAGCCCUGCCGCAGCGAGUGUAUGUACCUCCCUGCUGACCUUGAACGAAAACGAGCCAUUCCCAGACGAGAAAGCUGCGCCUGAUCUUCUUUUCGAAUUCGUUAUCCAAAACGGCCUGCGUCCAAAUUUACUCGGGCUUUCGGCGUUGAUGCGCAAUUUCUGCAUUCGUGGUCACCUUGAUACCGCAUGGAAGAUCUUUGAUCUCAUGCUUCAACACGGGCUAGAACCUGACCAGCACGUUUACUCCAUACUCCUCAACGGGUCAAAACAAAGUCUUGACAGUGCCUCCUUUGAGAGUAUAUUCAAUAUCAUUACAGCGCGUAAUGAUUGGUCCCCUAUCCUUCUCAAUGAUUUUUUAGGGCUUCUCUUUCGAGAGAACGAGUCGCAAAUUGAGCAAAGACGAAGACAGAGGAAAUCGAAUGAUGCAUGGCAUCCCAUGCUUCAGCUCUACGCCAAAUUUUUCGACCUUGAUCCUUUACAGAAAUUUACGUUAUUCCCGCUAGAUAACAUGAUCGGAGUGAGACGCGUGCAGUCGAAAUAUGCAACUGCAUCUAUCAGACUAGCUGGAUCUUUGAUGCCUUUACCAGAUAGUAGGCUUAUGCAGCCAGACACCACUACGUUAUCUCUAAUGAUAGGUGCCCAUAUCCGAUCCCUUAACACUUCAAAGUACGUCAUUCGGUAUUAUAACACUUUCGACAAUAUGGUGAAACGGAAAGACCCAUCGGCGCUGGGUCUCCUAGCAAAUCAUGGCACACUAAUGUUCGAUAUAUUUUUGCGCGCUCUGUUACAGUUUAAGGAGACUAUACGAUUCGCGAUAAAUGAGGUGGAGAAAAGCAUAAAGGCUGCAAAUAGUGAGAAGGGGCGGUAUGGCGUUAACUUACAUCAUCAUCCUCCAUCCCUUCAUACCUGGACUAUACUUCUCAAUGGGCUCAAGAACCACGACGACACGUACGGUGUCGUCGCUGUUAUCGAUAUGAUGGCCAACGUUGGUGGCGUGAAGCCAAACCUGUCAACCUGGAAUGCUCUGAUACAGGCCAUGGCUAAAACAGGUAAUGCAGGCGGUGUUGUAAAAGCGAUAUGGUCUCUCGAAAAGGCCGGCUUUCAGCCCGACGAGAAAACAAUCAAGGCCUUCAAUAUGCUUCCCCGGCAUUUGAAAGACCGAGCCAUUGCCCAAUUAGAGCAACUGCGAAGUUCAUUGUCGAGUUCUCUGAGCAAAAAAGCUCCACUGCCAGAAUUUGCAGCCGAAUCUGGCAUGUCGAAGGGCUUGUCAAACGGCCCCAUUGCUAUUCGGUACCCAAAGUUGACCGUGCCGAAGACCCUCAAAUCACUAUCUGAGAGAUAUGAGAGGCUGGAUAUUCAAGCGAUUGAGUCUCGCUCCAAAUGGCGGAAAAAGCGUAGAGAACUGCGCCUUUCACCCAAAAUCAACUCCAACCAACCUAUCGGAGCCGUCAGUACUAUAUAGGAGGGAGCAGCAGCAUAAAGAUGUAGAAAGACCAUAUAUUGUAUAUUCAAAAUACUGCAUAUAGAGUUUUAGCAUAGGUCCUGGCGUAUUGUGGGGAGCAUUAGAAUUCCAUGAUACCCAAAUCAUUACUCAUUUAUAGAUUCAAUAAGGGAAGCAGUUAUCUGUGAAUUGGGGCAAUUUGGAUCGCCUAUUAGCAAUGUGAAUUUGGCCAAACGAAAAG